GGGCGGGGCCGCAGGGGGUUGUCCGCCCGCUGCACGCACAGCAGCCGCAGCCGUCUCGCGCUUGCUCCCGCGGUCGCAACUUGAGCCGCAACCUUCGCGCCGCCUCUGCUGCUCGCUUCGUGGGUCGGUCCCUCCGGCACACGGCCUCCAGCCGCGCCACAGCUGCCUUCUGAUCCCUCUAGCUGCCCCGGUUUCCUCGCCCGGCCCGACCCAGCCCGCGAAGAUGGUGGACCGCGAGCAACUGGUGCAGAAAGCCCGGCUGGCCGAGCAGGCGGAGCGCUACGACGACAUGGCCGCGGCCAUGAAGAACGUGACAGAGCUGAAUGAGCCGCUGUCCAAUGAAGAAAGAAACCUUCUUUCUGUGGCCUACAAGAAUGUAGUUGGGGCCCGCCGUUCUUCCUGGAGGGUCAUUAGUAGCAUUGAGCAGAAGACCUCUGCAGAUGGUAAUGAGAAGAAGAUAGAGAUGGUCCGUGCUUACCGUGAGAAAAUAGAGAAGGAGUUGGAAGCGGUGUGUCAGGAUGUGCUGAGCCUGCUGGAUAACUACCUGAUUAAGAAUUGCAGUGAGACCCAGUACGAGAGCAAAGUGUUCUACCUGAAGAUGAAAGGGGACUAUUAUCGCUACCUGGCGGAAGUGGCCACUGGAGAGAAGAGGGCGACUGUCGUGGAGUCGUCUGAGAAGGCCUACAGCGAAGCCCAUGAGAUCAGCAAGGAGCACAUGCAGCCCACCCACCCCAUCCGAUUAGGCCUGGCUCUCAACUACUCCGUUUUCUACUAUGAGAUCCAGAACGCGCCCGAGCAAGCGUGCCACUUGGCCAAGACCGCCUUUGACGACGCCAUCGCUGAGCUCGACACUCUGAACGAGGACUCCUACAAGGACUCCACUCUCAUCAUGCAGCUCCUCCGCGACAACCUAACGCUCUGGACAAGCGAUCAGCAAGACGACGACGGCGGAGAAGGCAACAAUUAAGGCCCAGGUGGACUGGGAGCGCACGCCGACGCUACUACUGCAGUCUUUAUUUUUUUCCCAUGAGUCGGGGGUCGGGUGGGGGAGGGAAAGGGAGGGGUGACCUUCCUAGGGAGAAACCCACGACCUGUCCUGUCUUUGAUCGCCUCUUUGACAUUUUUGCCAAAAUACCACUAGUGGAAAGUCAGGCUAUCUGUGCUGGUAUUGGAGUAGCAGUCUCACACCGGCAUAUGGACUGUUCUGUAGAUUAAUGCAAGUGGAGCUGUCUUUAAUUUAACUUAUUGCUAGAUAAUAGGGUUUGAAGGUGAAAGGAAAACUUCAGUGGGAUGGCCCUCAUUCAAUAAGUUCUGUGGUUCCAGUAAGGAGUUUUAUGUACAUAUGCUCUUGUCUUAAGUUUUGGGUACUUUCUAUCUCAUCUGUUUUAGCUGUGCAUUUUUUUCAGGGUGUACUUUACCAGACAUGGAAUAGUUUAAAUCCCAAACUGACAGACUUAGGACAUAAGGUAUAUUUAUGCUUAUGGUUUAGGCCUUGCUAGUUUUCUGAAGUCUCCAAUUAGUUGACAGUAUUAACACUAAAUUGCAGUUUACAGUAUUUCUACAUUACAGCCAUAUGUGACAUCAAGCCAUUGUGCGUUUUCCUUUGCUAGUUAUUUUGGCUUUACAUCCGUAUUCAGCCUUAUUUAUCCAGGUUGGUUUUCUCCUAGGCCAGAGGCUUGCCUGAGGAGCGUCAAAGCUACUUUAGGUUUUGGUUAAUAGGUGCUUGGCAGGUGGCUGUGGGAUUUUUGUGUCUUUCCUUUUAACUUAAAUCCACCACAAAAAAAUCACUUUAAUAGAAACGUUAAACACCACAAAAAUAGAGAAAAUUCAGGUCUGUAUGUCAUUUACCGUGUUGAUAUUUUCAGAGAAAUCCUGAUUUGUAAGCUGCCACAGCUCAUUCCUCAGGGGUUAUGCUGCCACCUCACUCUGCACUUGAGUCUUCUCCACUGUACCUUACGUGAAUGCCACUCAGUCGGGUUGUAGAAGCUGGGUGGUCAUUUUGAGGUUUGUGGUGCAGUGUAUGAAAAUGCAGGUGCUAGAAGCUUACUGGUAGAAGAAUCCAAAAGGAAGAGCUCUUCAUAAACAUUCUGUCUUGAUUUUGGGAGCCUUGUAAGUGUGUCAGUUUUUCCUCCUGAAAACACUCUUUCCCCCAAGAAAUUGUUAUGAGAAAACAAAUUAAAAUCAUCAUCAGGUAAUAAAUACUUAACUCCUAUUUGACCAAAACUUUUUCUAUGUAUUUUGUUCUUUUUAAUGAAAGUAUAGAAAUCAGAGAUUCAUUUCUCUUGUGUAAUCAGUGCAUGUUUCAGAAUGGAAGGAAACCACAUUGCUAUUUCCACAGAUUUUUCAGUUAGCCUUAGGCCCUUCAUUCUCAUUUCGGAUAAAUGUCUGAAAACACAGUGUGUUGCAUGUGUGUUCAUUCAGCCUUUUGUAUAAGAUCAUUAACAGUGUGAACUCCAGAGAUAGGUAAUGACACUUAGACUUGUUUUGUUUGUUUUAUUUAGGCAAGAAGAGUAGGUAAUAAUUGAGGAAAAACUGACACUUGCUUUAGCUAAUACCAAAAUUGAG